AUGAAAGUGGCGUCAAUUAUAGCCGCCACGGCUAGAGCGCAGCUUCUAAUUGACCAAGAUUGGAGCAAUAAUGCUGUUUACAACCCAGGCCAAUGUGAAACCACAACUAACCGCCCACCAUUCGCCAAAAGCGACGUUUUUCAAACACGUUGGUUCCGCGCUCCAGAUUCCUCGGUCGAAGGAACUGUUUCCAAGGUCGUCUUUAUCCAGCGCUUCCAAGAGCGACUCUGUGGCAUGGUUCGCAAGAAGUUUUCAUCUCUCGGGAGCCGACAGCUUCGACGAGCUCUUCGAAACGAUGACCUCGCUGAGUCGCAAUUUAGUCCAAUCGACGAUCCAGAUCUUGUCGAUGAGUUCGACUUGGUCGUCAAUUCUAGAAGCGUCGGAAUGCCGCUUAACUUCAAAAGCGUCGAAUUGAGAUGCAUUGGAGACUAUUCUGAUGGGGUUUGCGAGAGGCACGCUUUCAGACUUUGCUGUCCAUCUUUAGAAGCUGCGAAAAUAGUUACAACUCAAGCGCCAACAACUCAGGCGCCAACAACUCAAGCGCCAACAACUCUUGGAACAGGAAGCAUUGUCAACAAUGGUGAAAUCGACUUGUUCGCUCAUGAUUGGCUCAAUACCCCUACUGUCGAGCCUGAUUGUCCUAUUCAUGAAGACGGUGUCGCUCCAUACGAACCGUGGGAGACGUUCGAAACGAACUGGUUUGCUGGGAUGACAAACUGGGUGCAGCAUUUGGACACAAAUUUUCUGAAUGCUGCUUGCGAUAGCCUUAGAAUUAGCAGCAAAAAGUCUGAAUCAACAAGAGUUUCGAUUCCUUCUCUGUUUGGAGUAAAGUGCAUGAAAGUUGACGCGGAUAACGGAGUAUGUGAAGAAGCUCAAUUGAAAUUCUGUUGCCUUGCCACCGAUCCCACCACAACUACCACCACUACAACAACAACAACCACUACCACCACAACGACGACCACUCUCGAUUAUAGUAGCUCGAUCAUCAACAAUGGUGACAUCGAUCUUCUGGCUCAUAAUUACAUCGAAACUCCUAUCAUCUACCCCUCUUGCGAAAACGCGUACGUAGGGUCCGGGCUCCCGGAAGACUGGCAAGCAUUCGAAACAAGCUGGGGCGGAACCUUUCCCAUCACAAUGAUGUCUGUAGCUGCCUCGCAAAGCAUGCGAGAUUCUUUCUGUCAAGCUGCAAGAGAGAAUGAAUUGUUUGUUGAUGGAGAAGCAAGAAUGUCCGCUCCAACUUGGCUCGGGAUUAAAUGUCUAGAAGCGAAUCCUGAUGGCUCUUGUGCGUAUUUCAAGCCUAAGUACUGUUGCGAUCCAAUUGCAACUACGACCACAUCUACAACAACAACAUCGACAACAACCACUACGACUACCACCACAACAACAACUCUCGAUUACAGUAACUCUGUUGAAAAUGAUGGAUCAAUCGACCUCGCAGCCCAUGAUUUCCUCCAAACGCCUAUUAUCUAUCCUACUUGUGACAACGCAUACGAAGGAUCAGGUAUUCCAGAAGACUGGGAAACCUUUGAAACAAGUUGGGCUGGACCUUAUUCUGGAAGACAGAUGUCUGCUCUCGCUACGCAAAGUGUGAGGGAUGCCAUGUGCGGGGCUGGUAGAGAGGAUGCAAAUCUUGUUGAUGGCGAGACUAGAAUUUCUGCUCCGAAUUAUUUCGGCAUUAAAUGCCUUGUCGCUAGCUCUGAUGGCUCUUGCGAAUCAUUCAAGCUCAAGUUUUGCUGCGCUCCUCUUUACACAACAACCACAACAACAACGACAACUACAACGACUACUACUAUUGGAACGGGAAGUGUUCUCAACGACGGUUCAAUUGACUUCACCACUCAUGAUUUCCUCAACUAUCCAACUAUUGAGGUCAACUGUGAAGCUACCUACCCUGGGGAAGGAUCUGGCGAUGUUGAAGAAUACCACUCAUUUGAAUCUGUUUGGUUCGAUGCCGCAGCUGGCUGGUUGGGUCAGCUCUCGUCUGAUGUCAUGGAAAAUACUUGUGAAAUCAUCCGACAGAAUGAUGGUGUAAAUGGCUGGACUGGUAUCGCGAGAAAUUCUCCUCGAGCGAUGGUUCCAGUCUUUGCCGGAGUUUCCUGCUACCAAGCUUCUGCUGAUGGAGACUGCCAGAUGGCCAAGGUGAAGUAUUGCUGCCCCGCUUUGGUGACAACUACAACCACUGUCACGACUCCGACAACUGAGACACCAGAAGGCUCCGGCUCGGAUCCAAUCUCAAUCAAUGAAGUUGAACUCCUUAUCAACUCUUGGGUUGAGGACAAACUCGCACAGGCUAAAACUGAUUUCCCAGGAUUCAAAAAGCUCGGCAAAGCCACCCGACAUAUCAACAAAAUGAACAAAAUCAUCAGAAAACUCGUCAAGAAGAACCAACCGAUCGAAUGCGCAUCAGCUAAGAGCAAGAAAUCGAAGCGAAUGGCCGAAACUUACGUUACAGAAAAUUACAUUUCCCCAUUUUUGGAUAUCCUCGCUGAUCACAAGGUCUGUGACGUCUAUCCCGCUUUUGAUUCGCGUCUCACUCGAGUCAACAAAGCCUUCGUCAAGAUCUUCAGAAAGCUCAAUUAA